UCUAUAGUCCGAAACUAAGAUUCUUGUCAGAUGGAUACUUCCUCGAAGACCCAAAUUACUCCUAGACGAAUAAGACGAUCCGACUCGGUCGAACUCUCCUCGACGGUUAAAAGUUCUUCCCGGAGAUCACUCUCUUCCUCGUCCUUCAGUUCCCUCCUAGUCUCCGGAAGCUCUCCGGCAACUCCUCUCCAUCCCCUUGGCGUCCCAUUUUCAUGGGAAAAGCUUCCCGGAGAACCUAAAGAGUUCCCAUAUCACCGCAAAAACGAAUCAUCAAACAACCUCUUGCCUCUCCCUCCUCACCGGGGUAACCAUAGCCCCAACACCAGACGUAAAAAGAACACGUCCCCUGCGGCGGCCAUGAGAGAUCCCUUCACGGCAGCAUUGGUAGAAUGUUCAAAAGGCGCCACUGCAGACGGAGAACAUAACACCGGAGGUGAAUCAAGGAAGGUUUUGAGGAAGAGCAACAGCAUCAAGUUACUGAAUCUUUACGCUUCUUGUAGAAGAGCUUGUGCAGUUUCUGAAUCCAUUGUUUAUCUCCCGAGGUCCACCGACCGAGUUGCUUCAUACGAUCAUCUUAUUCUCAGCACUCGUCGUCGUCGCCGGUGA